AUGGCUUUACAAGACAGAGAUACCCUUUUGAGAAACCUCAAGGAUCACUUGGCGAUAGCCCAAAACCGCAUGAAACAACAGACAUACAAGAAUAGGAUUGAGCGCCACUUCGAGGUGAAUGAUAGGGUCUUCCUCAAACUUCAUCCAUACCGACAACAAUCCUUGGUGCACAGACCUUCUCAGAAGCUUGCUCGCUGUUUCUUUGGGUCGUUUCAAGUCGAAGCCAAGAUUGGCAAAGUGGCUUACAAGCUCUUUCUUCCUGCCAAUUGUAAGCUCCACCUAAUAUUCCAUGUUUCUUUGCUCAAGAAAAGGAUUGGCAGUGGCACCCCUGUGGCUACUACUCUGCCUCAAUUUGAUCAACACGACCUCAUUGAGUGGAAAUCGGAACGUGUGUUGGACGUGGCAGUGGUCACCAAGCGCAAGCGGACUAUCACAAGGUGGUUGGUGGCUUGGCAAGGUUUACCACCAGAAGAUGCUACCUGGGAAGACGCUUACUCUGUGGUGCGCAAGUUUCUUGACUUUCAAGCUUGA